AUGCUUGUUUCUACUAAUAAUAACUCACCGACGACGACAAAGAGGCCGAGCCCUAAAGCACUUCUAACGUCAUGUAUUCACGAUUCUAGGACCACUACGAAUAUCAUAUUUGUACUCUUCAUCACACAAGGUUUGCUUGGUGUGCUUGCCACGUUUUUUCUGCUCUACACGACUGGCAAAGACAUUUAUGUUGGAACUGAAGCUUUUAAUAGGACUUUGACCGCCGAUAAUUUGCGAGCACAUGUGGUCAAGUUGGCCAAUGUUCCUUCUGUAGUGAGUGAUAUGACUCAAUAUAGGAUUUACCAUGCAAUACCUUCCAUGAAUUUAACACACAUGUUUGUGUGGCAGAAAAUGUUGAUGCAUUUCCGAAACUAUUUUGCAAAUCCUCAAAUUAAUUUUCAAUUUGCCCGAUAUGAUAAUAACUUUAUUGGGUUUUACAACAACACCUUGGAGGUGACAGAGGAGAAUGUCACCACAUUCUAUUCAGUGCCACUCUCAAGAGCAGAGAUAUUAAUUUCAGAAGAAGAUCUUGUAUUCAUUAAGAGAGUGCCUAUUCUUUACCGUACUCUAUCGAGACCUUGGUUAAAAGAAUACUUGACCAAGAAUACCUCACACCCUUAUUGGUCAGAGGUCUUUGAGAAUGUAUAUGGUGAUUAUGCUAUCAAUUUUGUUUUGCCCAUUGUUUUAAAUGAUAGUGCAGCUGGAAGAACGAAGAAGGACUUCUUUUAUGCUUCUCUUCACAACCAACCUUCUUUGCAUGUCGAUCACUUAUAUGGGCUUGUGGGAGUUCAAUUUACAAUGAGUUAUCUGACAUCAUUUCUACGAAACGUUUCGAGUGGAGGACCAGAACAGUCAUUCAUUAUGAAUACGAAGGGUCAGAUUCUUGCCCAUAGUACUCGACAGUAUGCCAACGAGAAUGACCUUGCUCACUACAUCACUCAACAACAUUUAUUAAGGAAAAAUUCCUCAACCUUUCGCUAUAACAAUCAAUUCGAUGUUGUUACGGAAGGACUCUAUGAUCGUUAUGGUUUGGAUUGGGCUGUUGUUGUUGUUGUCCCGGAACGAUCAUUUGUGGCACAAAUUUUGACAAGUGGUGUCACAUCCUUUGUUCUCUUUCAUUUGCAACUCGUUGUUCAGCCAUUCGUAAUGUUCAUAAUUUUGCAGUACAUUUCUCGAUCGGUGCAUUCAAUCGUAAGGAACAUGAACAAACUCUUGUCACUCCAAGGACUAGAGUCGUCUUAUGAAAGAAAAGAGAGCAAGUCAUUCCUAACAGAUAUUCGUGAAAUGAGUCAUAGUUUGAACACAUUAAGAAAGGGAUUGGCCUCGCUUUCGAAAUAUGUGCCUCAUGUGAUUCAAAAGAGACUGUCUCGUACUCAGAUGAUACCGAAAAAUUUAACAACCGUGGGAAUGAAAUCGAGGAAUAUGAGUGUUAUGUUUUGCGGAAUUUUAGGCUUUACAGAAAUUGCCGAGACAGCAGAUCAUGUCGUUUUUUUGAAUGUUGUCACUGAAUAUUUUAACGGUGUUUGCAAAAUUGUGGAAGUUCAUCAUGGUGUCGUUGACAAGAUUAUUGAGGGAUCUGUGAUGGUUCUUUUUAAGGAAGAGAAUCAUGAAGUUUGUGCAUGUCGGGCUGCACUAGAGAUAAUAGAAAGUUUAAGCGAAUUUGAAAAGAGAUGGGAGGAGUGUAAUUUCCCAAAACUUCAAGUGAGUAUUGGUAUCAACAGUGGAGAAAUGCUCUGUGGAUGCAUGGGAUCCAAUAACCGCUUGAGUUUCACAGCCAUUGGCGACAACGUGAACAUUGCUGCAAGAUUACAACAUUUAGCCAGAACCUAUUCAUGUUCAAUAUUUAUUGGUGAAAAUACUUUUGAGGCAUUGUCAACGAAAAGGAAUGAAUUUCUAUGUUUUUUCGUAGAUUUCAUCAAGCUCAAGGGAAAGAAACAUCCAACCUCGGUGUACUGUUUGAGAAAGUUCGAAAGUGAUGCAUCAGAGGUGGAACACAAGAUUUCCCACGAUUUGGACUUGGCCAAACAAUACAUCCUUCAAGGAGAAUAUUUUCAUGUAAGGCAGGUGUGUGAAAACCUUAUCAGGUUGAAUAAUACCUGUACUAUUACAUGCCGAUUGCAACAGAGAUCAUUAGAAUUAAUGGCAAGAGUAGAGCGCGGCAGUAUGGCAAGAAGUCGUCUAUUUCUAAGCUCCGAUUGUAUAUCAUAUUCUGCGACUCUGUCUCAAUAA